CAGUUCGCACGUGCGCAUCUCACUGUAAACUAGCUCUAAAUUCCCCCUCUCGACAUUCGGGAUCUCCCUGUUCAUGCAGUCCAUUCCGCACACUCCUUUCUGUGACUUCUCGUCACAAUCACAUUCUUUUUGAAGAGUCUAGUCUAUUUAGACUGGCUAGUUCACACGUUAGCGUCACAAGCGCCGGAGUUGCCCUCACCAUCCAACUGCCAUCCCCCAUCAUAUGGUCAUCCCAUACGCGGUGAUGUGUAACUCGGGGGCCCUAUUAUAAAACCCCAAGUACUCAGCUGCUGGUUCGGGGGAAGCUCCCUCAUAUUUCUGAGCCCUGCCCGAGAAGGCAACUCGUCUUCCUACAAAAUGCUUCUCACAUCUAUUGCUCACGGUCUGGCCGCAGCGUGUGUUGCAACUACAUCAUUCGUGCUUCCCGUUCUAGCCCAAUCCGCCUGCAACGGUCAAUCGGCCUACUGCAACCGUCGCUACUCGAAUCUCACCCAAGUGGGCGCCCACGAUAGUCCUUUUGUAGGCCCACUGCCUCAGCAAAACCAAAACAUCGACGUCACCGCACAAUUGGACCUUGGGAUCCGUUUUCUGCAAGGCCAGACCCAUCAGUCUAUUGACAACGAAACGAUCCUCCUUUGCCAUACUUCGUGUCUCCUAGAGGAUGCCGGGAGUUUGGAGGCGUACCUGGCCACCGUCAAGACCUGGCUGGACGACAAUCCGGACGAAGUCGUGACCUUGCUUCUGACGAAUGGUGACAGCCUGCCAGUAGAUCGUUUCGCUGAGGCAUUCACGAGCGCAGCCCUCACUGACUAUGCAUUCGUGCCGAAGUCAUCACCAGCCACGCUGGCCAUUGAUGCCUGGCCGACCUUACAGGAGCUAAUCAGUAAUGGUACGCGAUUAGUGACGUUCUUGGACUAUGGUGCCGAUACCACAACGGUGCCAUACAUUCUCGAUGAGUUCGCUUACUUCUUCGAAACGCCGUACGAUGUGACCGAUGCCUCAUUUUCAAGCUGCAGUAUUGAUCGACCAUCGGGUGCUUCAGCCACUGGUCGCAUGUACAUCGUGAAUCAUUUUCUGGAUAUCGAUAUCCUAGGCAUCUUGAUCCCAGACCGCGAUCGUGCAGCCGAGACCAAUGCAGAAGCAGGCGACGGCAGCAUCGGAGCUCAAGCCGAUCUAUGUCUUUCCAUUUAUGGUCGGCUACCGAAUGUCAUUCUUGUUGACUUCGUCGACCAGGGCCAACCCAUCGCUGCACAAAGUCUGCUCAAUGGACUAUGAGCAUGAUAACUCCUACGCUGAUAAACCUCGCUGGUUAGGGUUCUGUUCAUACCCGCGUUUCACAUGUUUUUCGAUCUCUCUAGAAAGAAUGAGCUCAGGAUCUUUUCAGCAUGGAAAUCUUAAAAUGGUGAUGUGGAAGAAGGAGUUCUAGAGGAGAGAUAGGGUCCUUGCCAAGUGUCCCAGACUGCUGGACUCGGAGGAUCAGCGGAUGUGAACGGGCUUCGGCCAAAAAUUCUCAAGUAUGUAUAUACAGUCAGGUCAUAACGACUGUUCAUUCAUCUAAUUCCACCUGCAU